UCAACGUCCAGAAGUGCAGAGGGAACAUUGUCCCAAUAAAUAAAGGAAACAGUGUAUAGCUGCCAAGUGCAACAUCUUUAUUUACUUACCACAACACAAUUCUUCCACUUUGAUCAAAUCUCAGAGACUAUACAAAUACUAUAUAUAAGCUGUAAAGUUAGUUCCAAAAGUUGAACCCUCAUCUUUAGACUUUUCUUCUUCUCAUAUUCACUAAAUUUCUCUUCACUACUUUCUAGAAGAGAAGAGGUAAACUAGAAAAGGGGUAACAAUGACAGAUAGAGAUAAAGUUCUGGAGGCUCUCAAAAAGGAGGCUGUUGAUUUGGAAAACAUACCACUGGAGGAGGUUUUCCAGAAUCUAAGGUGUAACAGAGAGGGGCUUACUUCCCAAGAUGCUCAGAGGAGACUAGAAAUUUUUGGUUAUAAUAAGCUUGAGGAGAAGCAUGAAAGUAAAUUCCUCAAGUUUCUAGGAUUUAUGUGGAAUCCACUUUCAUGGGUCAUGGAGGCUGCAGCAAUUAUGGCCAUUUGUCUUGCCAAUGGAGGAGGGAAACCACCUGAUUGGCAAGAUUUUGUCGGGAUUAUUUCCCUUCUUUUGAUUAAUUCAACGAUAAGCUUCAUAGAGGAAAAUAAUGCUGGUAAUGCUGCUGCUGCUCUCAUGGCCCGUCUUGCUCCCAAAGCAAAGGUUCUUCGAGAUGGAAAAUGGGUUGAGGAAGAUGCUGCUGUUCUUGUUCCAGGUGACAUAAUCAGCAUAAAACUUGGGGAUAUAGUCCCAGCUGACGCACGUCUCCUUGAUGGUGAUCCAUUGAAAAUAGACCAGUCUGCUCUAACAGGGGAGUCUCUUCCAGUGACAAAGGGCCCUGGAGAUGAAGUUUUUUCAGGAUCUACAUGCAAACAGGGUGAGAUUGAAGCAGUGGUCAUUGCCACGGGUGUGCAUACAUUCUUUGGAAAGGCUGCCCACCUUGUGGACUCCACAAUUCAAGUGGGACAUUUUCAAAAGGUCUUGACUGCAAUAGGGAACUUCUGUAUUUGUUCCAUUGCCUUGGGGAUGAUUGUCGAAAUCAUUGUCAUGUACCCCAUUCAACAGCGGGACUACCGUCCAGGGAUUGACAACUUGCUUGUUCUUCUGAUCGGGGGCAUUCCAAUUGCAAUGCCAACAGUCCUAUCUGUAACGAUGGCAAUUGGCUCUCACCGUUUAUCUCAGCAGGGUGCCAUCACAAAAAGGAUGACUGCUAUUGAGGAAAUGGCAGGCAUGGACGUGCUGUGCAGUGAUAAAACUGGAACCUUAACAUUGAACAAAUUAACUGUCGAUAAAAAUCUGAUUGAGGUCUUUGCAAAAGGAGUAGAUGUUGAUUCCGUGGUUCUAAUGGCUGCUAGAGCUUCACGGGUGGAAAACCAAGAUGCUAUUGAUGCUGCCAUUGUGGGGAUGUUGGCUGAUCCUAAAGAGGCUAGAGCUGGAAUUCAAGAGGUUCAUUUCCUUCCAUUCAAUCCAACUGAUAAGCGCACAGCUCUAACAUAUCUCGACAGUGAAGGCAAAAUGCAUCGAGUCAGUAAAGGUGCCCCGGAACAGAUUUUGAACCUUGCGCACAAUAAAUCUGAGAUACAGCACAAGGUUCAUGCUGUCAUCGAUAAAUUUGCUGAGCGAGGAUUACGUUCUCUUGCAGUAGCUUAUCAGGAAGUCCCUGAAGGAAGAAAGCAGUCUCCUGGAAGUCCAUGGCAAUUUAUUGGUCUCAUGCCUCUUUUUGAUCCACCAAGGCAUGAUAGUGCAGAGACAAUAAGACGGGCCUUAAAUCUUGGUGUGAAUGUGAAAAUGAUCACUGGUGAUCAACUAGCAAUUGGAAAGGAGACAGGACGCCGUUUGGGAAUGGGAAACAAUAUGUAUCCUGCUGCGUCUUUACUGGGUCAGGACAAGGAUGAGUCCAUUGUAGCUAUGCCUGUUGAUGAUCUGAUCGAAAAAGCAGAUGGUUUUGCUGGUGUUUUUCCUGAGCACAAAUAUGAAAUUGUGAAACGUUUACAAGAUAGAAAGCAUAUAUGUGGCAUGACUGGCGAUGGCGUGAAUGAUGCACCUGCUUUAAAAAGAGCUGAUAUUGGAAUAGCCGUUGCAGAUGCAACAGAUGCUGCCCGCAGUGCUUCUGAUAUAGUCCUCACAGAACCUGGCCUGAGUGUCAUUAUUAGUGCUGUACUAACUAGUCGUGCAAUCUUUCAGAGAAUGAAAAACUACACGAUUUAUGCAGUCUCCAUUACUAUCCGUAUAGUGCUUGGCUUUAUGUUACUUGCUCUGAUUUGGAAGUUUGAUUUCCCACCUUUCAUGGUCUUAAUUAUUGCAAUCCUUAAUGAUGGCACCAUAAUGACAAUAUCGAAGGACAGGGUAAAACCUUCUCCUUUGCCUGACAGCUGGAAACUUUCAGAAAUUUUUGCAACUGGAAUUGUUCUUGGUGGUUAUCUAGCAAUGAUGACAGUCAUUUUCUUUUGGGCUGCAUAUGAAACAGACUACUUUCCGCGUGUUUUUGGAGUUUCAACACUGGAGAAAGGAUUUGCUCAGGACAACUUCAGAAAGCUCGCCUCAGCAGUAUAUCUACAAGUGAGUACCAUCAGUCAGGCUCUAAUCUUUGUAACGCGAGCUAGAAGUUGGUCAUUUAUUGAGCGUCCAGGAUUUUUGCUCGUGGUGGCAUUUCUUCUCGCCCAACUGGUCGCUACUCUUAUCGCUGUGUAUGCAAAUUGGAGUUUUGCAGCAAUUAAAGGGAUUGGAUGGGGAUGGGCAGGAGUUAUUUGGCUGUAUAACCUUGUGUUUUACAUUCCACUUGAUUUUAUAAAGUUCUCCAUCAGAUAUGCCUUGAGCGGGAAGGCCUGGGAUCUGCUUAUCGAGCAAAGGAUUGCAUUUACAAAGAAAAAGAACUUUGGGAAAGAAGAACGCGAGCUCAAAUGGGCACAGGCACAGAGAACCCUUCAUGGGCUGCAUCCACCUGAGACUCAUUAUGGGGAUCGCAGCAGUCAUGCUGAUCUCAAUCAAAUAGCAGAUGAGGCAAGACGAAGAGCUGAGAUGGCAAGGCUAAGGGAAUUGCGCACUCUGAAAGGGCACGUUGAAUCAGUUGUGAAAAUGAAGAAUCUUGACAUUGAAACAAUACCACAGUCAUAUACAGUUUGAGCGGGAUGAUGUUCAUCCAUAUGUUAUUAUACUUUACUAUCUUUUAGGUUCGUUUAAACCUUUUCUUUUCUUGCUGAAUUUGAACUUUGUUCGCUUGGUACAUUUGUCAACCCCAGACUAAAGCUUAAUUAGGUAUAGAAGUCUCCAACUUGGAGAUAGAGCUUUUGCUUGAUGAUAUGAUGUUACUAGUAUGAAGGGAAUGUGGCUGGUUAGAUGAGAUUCCAUGGUUAGAGCAAAAACAGUGUCACAAGUUCUAAAAUGUUCUCUAUCCUGGAAGUAUAUGUGUGAUUGUUGCGACUUCAAGACAA